AUGACAGGGAAUAAACUUUCUUCAAGUUUAGAUGAAAAGCGUGGUGUUUAUGUUAUUUAUUCAGAGACAUUUUGUAACAUUCAUAUUGUGGCGUUGUCUGGUGUACGAAUUAGAUGCCCACUUGCUAACUUGGAUGAAAUUACUCCUCAAAUCUCUGAUUCUUCCAAUGGUCAUCUCCCAGAAUUAUCUAAUUCAGAUAGGUCUGAUCGACAUUUUCUUCUUGCAUGUCCUACUGGACGCUCUGGAGAUUGUAGUUCAACACAGUUAUGGGUUCAAGUACAGCAUGCAGUCCUUAUUAUUCUGAAGACCAAUCAAUAUCAAAUAUUGUUUCUUCUUUGGGAAUGGCCGUUGUCAAUCCUCCACUACGCUAUAGUUGGCAUUUGA